AUGGCACCGCCCCAAACCUCCGGUUUGGGCGCGCGGCAGCGGCGGCUCAUCCAGGCGGCGGCCGACGGCGACCUCCAGCUCUUCAAGAGGACCGCAAGUGCGCUGGACGCCGGCAAGGGCCGCCUCAGAGAGGCAGUCGAGGCCGUGAAGAACCGCGGCGCUGGGGCGCUUCACUUCGCUGCGGGUCGCGGCAGGCUGGCUGUGUGCGUAUACAUGGUCGAGGAGCUACAUACGGACGUUAACGCAUCGGACGAUAAAGGGGAUACACCUCUAGCCUAUGCAAUUCAAGGUGGCACUGUGGACACAGUACAGUAUCUUCUUGAUCAUGAUGCUAAUCCAGAUAAACCUAUUGGGAAAGGGUCUACACCUCUUCAUUUAGCUGCUGAAGGAGGAAAUUGUGAAAUAUUAAAAGCCUUACUCUCAAAGGGGGCCAAUGUCGAUUCGCUUUCUGAUACUGGGACACCACUGCAUAUGGCUGCUUACUGUAAGCAGGAUGGUGCUAUGAAGAUUUUGUUGGACCAUGGUGCAGAUUAUAACAAGGUUUUUAACACUGUGUGCACACCACUUUUCAUGUCUCUCACUUCUCGCUCACUGGAAUGUGUGAAGCUUCUAAUUAAGGCUGGCGCUGAUGUCAAGGGUGUUGGAACUGUAACUCCCUUAAUAGUUGCUGUCAACAAUGGCUUAACUGACUUCUACAAUUGCUUACUGGAAGCUGGUGCAAAUCCUGAUGUUCGUGAUGAUUCUGGGCGCCUUCCGAUUGAACUUGCUGCAUAUGAGAACAGAAGGAAAGAUGUGGAGAUUCUACUUCCAGUAACUUCACGUGUUCCGUAUGUGCGUGAUUGGAGUGUUGAUGGGAUAAUUGAUUUUGUGAGAUCAAUGCCAUCAGUGGAGGAUGACCCCAUGUACAAAAUGAAACCAGAUGAUAUCAAGUUUGAAGGAAACAAGGCGUAUAAGAGAAAGGAUUAUCUUACUGCUGUAAAACUCUACUCUAUGGCAAUAAACCACAGUCCUGAUGAUACGACCUUGUACUCAAAUAGGUGCCUUUGCUGGCUUAAGAUGGGUGAAGGAGUCCGGGCAUUCACAGAUGCUGAGUUUUGCAGGAUGCAGCGCCCUGAUUGGGCAAAGGCCUGCUAUCUACAAGGAGCUGCUAAUAUGUUACUUAAGGACUACGAAAAGGCAUGUGAUGCAUUUCUUGAUGGUCUCAAACUGGACCCAGCAAAUGUUGAGAUUGAGAAAGCAUUACGGGAUGCCGUCGACUGCUUGAAGACACAUCACACGGCCAAGUAA